UUGAACUGAAUAACGCUUUCAUUUUCAAGGCAUCACGACAUAAAACUGAAUAUUUAUCUUUACGUACUGAAGGCCAGAUACAUUUUGUAUUUGAGACUUAUGAUUUUAAAGCUGAACCAUUUUGAAACGCAACUACUUCCAUUUCUAUCGCAUCGAAGUUGCAAACUGUUGGAUGUCAAUUUCCAUGCAGGUCCUUGAAACGAUUUUUGAAGUUAUCCUUCAAGUUAGAGACUAUUUCUAUAUGACUUUUCUAGUGGACUUUGAGAUAUCUUUUCUGAAACUCAAGCUUUUUGAUAAACGCUUUUAUAUCAGAAAUCAUUUCUGCUGGUUCUUUGUCUCUCCCCUGAAGCUACAAACUAGGUUCAUUUAAUUUUCUGUAAUAUCCACAAGAAAACCAAAAUCUCUAAGCCAGAUUGAUUUUUACAGUUCCGGAAUCGGUUCGUCACGUUCAGUUUUAAA